ACGCGCGCCCGCUCGCGACGACACGAGGACUUUCACCGAGGACAGACUCGGGCUCGUCGGGUGAUAAAUUAAUUGACCGGCGCACGCUCGAAUCGUUCCUUUCAGUUCGUUCGCUCGCGAUGACGAAGACCACGCGCGCGCGCGCGCUCGCGGGCGUCCUCGCGACGCUCCUCCUCGUAUGCUCCUUCGCGCCCUCCGUCGCGGCGACGGCGUCCGACUCCGCCUCCCCCGCGGAGACGGAGCGGACGGCCGCGACGACGACCGCGACGACGACGACGACGACUUUGACGACGACGCUCGACCCGGUCGCGACGAUCGAAGCGCGCUUCGAUCGGUGGCUCGCGACGCACGGGAAGGCGUACGCGUGCCCGAAAGAGCGUGCGAAGCGACUCGCGAUCUUCGCGGACAACGCGGAGUUUGUCCGCGUCCACAACGAAGCGCACGCGGCUGGGAAGAAGUCGCACUGGCUCAGACUCAACCACCUCGCCGACCUCACGCGCGAGGAGUUCAAGCACAUGCUCGGCUACGACGCGUCCAAGAAGCGCGUCGAGUCCAGCAGCCCCCCCGUCGACGCCGCGAACUGGGAGUACGCGGACGUGACCCCCCCGGAGACGAUGGACUGGGUGUCGAGGGGCGCGGUGACGCCAGUGAAGAACCAAGGCCAGUGCGGGUCGUGCUGGGCGUUUUCGACCGUCGGCGCCGUGGAGGGCGUCGUCGCGGUGAAGACCGGGGAUCUGAUCUCUCUGAGCGAGCAAGAGCUCGUGUCGUGCGCGAAGAUUGGCGGAAACAACGGCUGCAAGGGCGGGUUGAUGGACAACGGCUUCGAGUGGAUCGUGGAGAACCGCGGCGUGGACGACGAAGAGGACUGGGGAUACCUCGCGAAGGAUCGACGCUGUAACUGGUUCAAGAAACGAAGAGCGAAGGCGGCGUCGAUCGACGGCUUCAAGGACGUCCCCAGAAACGACGAGGACGCGCUCAAGAAAGCCGUGUCUCAGCAGCCCGUCGCCGUCGCCAUCGAGGCGGACCACCGAGAGUUUCAGCUCUAUUCCGGCGGCGUCUUUGACGGCGAAUGCGGGACGAACCUGGACCACGGCGUGUUGGUCGUCGGGUACGGCUACGACGGCGAAAGCGCCGGGCACAAGCACUACUGGACGGUGAAGAACUCCUGGGGCGCGAAGUGGGGCGAGGAAGGGUACAUACGCAUCGCCCGGGGCGGCAUGGGGCCCGCGGGGCAGUGCGGCGUCGCGAUGCAGGCGUCGUACCCGACCAAGUCGAGCUCGGCGCCGUUGGAGGACGGAGACGAGCCGACGGUGUUGGACGCCGCGCUCGGGGCGGUGGAGGACGUCGCCGCGUGGGGGCAGGAGCGCGCGUCCACGGUGUUUCUUUGAGGAGGAGGAGGAGGAGGUGGAGGAGGUGGACGAGAGUCGAUGUACGACGUACGAGAUGCGAGAUUGAUGAUUGACGAACGGGACGACGCGAUGACACGAGAAUUCUCUUUUGUAACGCGAACCGAAUGUAUGACAAGAGCGCGCACGUCUCC